UGGCCAUCUCGUGCCGAAAUGCCCUCUUCAGACCGGUGCGCAUGCGCCAAUGUCCUUUCUUGUUGAUUGAGGCGGACACGAGGAGCAGCAAAGAUGAGCAAGAUCACCCGUGAUUCCCUGUACGAGUGCGUGCAAGGAGUCAUCAAGGGCUCCCAGGAGAAGCAGCGUAAAUUCUGCGAAACUGUGGAACUUCAGAUCGCCCUGAAGAACUAUGACCCCCAAAAGGACAAGCGUUUCAGCGGUACCGUCCGUCUGAAGCACAUCCCCCGCCCCAACCUGCGCAUCUGCGUAUUCGGUGACCAGCAGCAUUGCGAUGAGGCUAAGGCACUUGGUUUCUCCUUCAUGGACGUCGAGGCCCUGAAGAAGCUGAACAAGAACAAGAAGCUCGUCAAGAAGCUUGGCAAGAAAUACGAUGCUUUCCUGGCCUCCGACACUCUGAUCAAGCAGAUCCCACGUCUUCUUGGACCCGGUCUGAACAAGAUGGGAAAGUUCCCCACCCAGCUGACUCACUCCGAGAACAUGAAGCACAAGGUUGAGGAACUCAAGAGCACCAUCAAGUUCCAGAUGAAGAAGGUUUUGUGCCUUGCCGUCGCCGUCGGUCAUGUCAAGAUGGGCGAGGACGAGCUCGUCUCCAACAUCUUCAUGUCCGUUAACUUCCUCGUCUCCCUGCUGAAGAAGAACUGGCAGAACGUUCGCUCUCUGACCAUCAAGAGUACUAUGGGAAAGCCCCAGCGUCUCUACUAACUUUCAUGUUGCUCUCCUCCUGAAAACUUGUAGCCUCCGCUCCAAAGACCAA